AUGUUGCUCCAUUCACGACUCCCCUACCAUGAAAACAACGUUGUAUUUAAGUGGGACAGUCUCAGUAAUUUUAUACAUUAUCUGUGUGUUCUGUAUUUCUAUCUAUCUAUCUAUCUAUCUAUCUAUCUAUCUAUCUAUUUGUUUGUAUCUUUUCUGUUUCUAUCUAUCUAUCUAUCUAUCUAUCUAUCUAUCUAUCUAUCUCAGCGUGUUCAUAUCUAUCCAUCUAUCUAUCUAUCUAUCUAUCUAUCUAUCUAUCUAUUCCGUUUCUAUCUAUCUAUUCCGUUUCUAUCUAUCUAUCUAUCUGUUUGUAUCUUUUCUGUUUCUAUCUAUCUAUCUAUCUAUCUAUCUAUCUCAGCGUGUUCAUAUCUAUCUAUCUAUCUAUCUAUCUAUCUAUCUAUCUAUCUAUCUAUUCUGUUUUGUAUCUUUUCUGUUUCUAUCUAUCUAUCUAUCUAUCUAUCUAUCUAUCUAUUACAUUUAUAUCUCUCUAUCUGUUUCUUUUUAUAUGUCUCACUCUCUCCCCGCCUCUCUCUCUCUCUCUCUCUCUCUCGGUUUAAGUCUUCUCUUCUUUCUAUGUGUCCGCCUCUCCUUCUCGAGCUAUUUCUGUCAACCUGUUCACUAUCUCUCUUUCUUUUUCUUUCUCUACCUUUUUUUCUUCUUCUUAGCCUGUUUCUUUUUCAAUCUAUGAAUAUCGUCAUUUUCCAUCCUGUCAAUCUUAAUUUUUUUACACCUCUCUCUUUUUAUAUUGAUCUGCCCCUACCCUUUGUUUCUUUGUUUGUUUGUUUGUUUCUUUCUUUCUUUCUUUCUUAUUUAUUCCGGCUUGCUUCUUUUUCUUAA